UUGGAAAAAAUCGCUAUCGCUUACUGCUUUUUAAUCUUGGUUUGUGAUCAAUUAAUCUGAUACCCACCGAGUAGUUGGAGCGAAACUUUUGUGAGAGGAGCUAAAGAGAAAGCCGUUAACGCAUUAUUAAUAGAGACUGUUGACUGUGUUAAGCACGAUAAAAAACGGUGGAAGUAUUCUGACUCGAAAAAAUCUAUACUCCUUUUAGAGAAGUCACUGUGCAAUUUCAUGAAUUUGUGGUAUAUGGAAUGUUUCAGCUGAUACUCAAACAACUUGCUGGACUUACAUUUUAAAAUUAAAAAAAGAGACGAUGAGGAAUGGAAGACAAAUGGCGUACAAGUUAUCAGAAGUCCAGAAAGGUAACGGAACUGGACCAGGUAGGAGGGAGGUGUGUCCCGACAGGUGCCCCCCGCGGGGAGGAUCGUGUGACUGUGGUCUGGAGAAAUUCCUCCCGAGGUGGACCCAGUGGAUUGUCUGUGUAGUCACAAUGUGUGUCAGGAUCCAUUACAUUGGUCAGCCUCAGAGUUUGUGGAUUUUACACCCAGACGAAAUAUUCCAAACAGUGGAAGUUGCUUUCUCCGAGUACCAUGGCUAUGGUUUCCGGUUUUAUGACUAUCUUCCUCCGCCAACCAAUGCGACUUCUGUUGAGGAGCAGGAGCUUCUGUCUGGGAUGUUCAGUCUACGCUCGUUCUUGCUGCCUAGAAUUUACAUGCUCAUGUUCGCCAUUGCAGACUUCCUGGGAGUCCAACUUCAACCACUGAUGAUUGCAAGAACGGGUCAUGUGAUUGUGACAUCUUUACUGCCAUUGGCAGUGUACUAUUUUGUGAGAAGACUGUAUCCCUGUGUACUAACAAGUCAACUAGCAGCAAUCUUCACUGCAUGUUCACUUCCUCUGUCCGUCCUUGGGACGCAUGCGUUAGACGUUAGCCUUCUUAGCCCCUUUGUGAUCGCCUUUCUGACACCAUUACUUGGAUUCUUUCUAGACAGUAGAUACAAUCCAUCACCUGCUAUGUUAGCUUCCCAAGCCAGCAAUCAAAAUGGUCAUGCAAACAUUACAAAUGCAACAAAAAGUGAAAAUGCAUCUUCAAGUGAAAACGUAAAGAAAGACCAUGUACAAAAGAAGACAUCAAAUGUUAGAUUUCUUGGAAUAUUUCAGUCAGUGACAUAUCUAUUCAGUGGAUUCAUACUUGGUAUUGCUUGUUAUAUUCGUAUUGACUCGGCCAUUUUCAUUGGCACACUUCUAGUCACGUAUCCUUUAAUAUUUAUUCAUGUCAGUCAGGUGACGACUUCACUUAUAAUGGCUUUACUUGCUGGAUGUGGUUUUGUUACAGCCAUUUGGGUGGGUGGAUAUGAAGAUUUGUACAGAUACGGCAGCAUGUUCAUAUCACCUUUCCAAUGGAUGAACUUUAACAUCAAAAACAGUUUACCCUCCACUUUCUUCGGCGACCAGAAGCCGUUAAAAUUUCUUCUGGAAAUAUUCUUUACAGAUAUAUUUUCAUCUCUGUUUAUCGUUUUAGCAGUUGUUGGAUUGUUCGUGGGAUUUUUCAGACAGUCGGUUAGAAGAACAGCUAAUCUGGAGAAUAUCAUUACAGUCGUAUUGAUAUUUUUAACCAUUUUACAAUUUGCCUCCCAUUUCCUAAUGAAGCAACUGGAGAGCAGACAUCUACAUAAUGUCAUUGUGUUAGUGUUGAUUAUAUGCGCCUGUUCUUUUCAUCACAAUCUUGCAUUAAUGAGACAAAGCAUUCUCAAGGAAGAACAUCUGAAAGUGUUACUUGUUUUCUUUCUAGGACUUUAUGCUUUGAAUUCCUACAGUAUGUAUCCAUCGCCCACUUCAUCAUUAGGUAAUCCAUGGACUUACCCGCGAAUGAAAGAGUCCAGGGACGUCAACUCGUGUCUUCAGUUUAUAAGUCACCGUAGCAACGUGACUGGAGUAUUUGCGGACAGUAGUUUAUAUCUUACACAUGGAUACACUAUUAUUAAUCAUAAUGUACCUUUACUUAUUCUUAUCCAUAACGAAUACCAUGAGUACAGAAGUAGAGAUUUUCUGCUCAUUUCGCAUCAUCAGUUCCAUAUAACUGAACACAUACGAAUAAUGAAUCGUUUUACAGACUUUGUUUACAAGGAUAAUGAAUUUUACUUGAAAAAAUUAUUACUUGGAAGGACAGAAUAUAAUUAUGUGAUCUGUGAUAAAAUAAGGGCUGAAAUAUUCAUGGAGUUGGGAUUUCAGCCUAUAUACACAACAGAAGGUUUCUUGACUUUAUAUCGCAAUCUUAAUGAAAAAGAAGCGAGAAAGAGCAUCUCCUUGUCUAGGUCCAUGGUGUCGGGAGAAAACGCAACACUGCUGGAGUACGAGGGAAGUUGGCUUUACACCGUAUCAGAAUUUGACGUAGCUGCUGAGAGACUCGAAAAAUGUUUGGAAACCAAUGACUCGAGAUGGAGGCCGUUCCAGUUAUUGGGGAUGUCCUAUGUCAAAAUGAAGAAAUGGGAUCUUGCAAAGGAUGUGGAAAGAAGGUGUUUCCAGAGACACGGAGAACAAACGUGUAGACAAAAACAAGCUAGAAUCAUCCUGGAUGAGAAUCAGGGCUAUAUUGGUGGCGUGUGAAUUGUUUCUGCUGAAAAAUAUCAAUUUUUGGUAUUUUAAUAGAUGUUCAUUUCAAAUACCGUGAUGUUUGCAUUUGUAUAAGUUCUUAAAUUUUUAAUGUUGUUACUGCUUACUGUGGAAGUAUACGUUAAACAUCGAACGAAGCUUCCGACGCAUUCAGUGAAAACAAAUAGUUAUCAAGAAAGAGGAGUCACAAAAUUAUUCAAUGCAUAUGAAAUAUGGGUUAUACAAACACAAAAUUAUUUUUUCAUCUUUUUUUCUUCAGUAUUAUACAAUUAUUGCUGUUUUAGUUUCAGUUUUUGUGAUGA